UGCAAUUGAAUUUCAAUUUCCCCAAAAAGGACCUUCUUAAUAAUAUCUCUUGGUCCUUUCGCAUCUAAUACAUAGUCAUACACACACCCACACACUUCUUUCUCUGACUCUCUCUGUCUCUCUCCUUCGACGAAACCCUAACUCAUAUCAGUUUUCGUUAUGAAAGGUGGAAAAUCCAAGGCCGAAUCUAAGAGAGCCGAUGCCAAACUUUCUGUGAAUAAGAAGGGUGGCGCAGCCACCAAACCGGCGAGGAAACCAGCGAAGGGAAAAGCCGCUAAAGACCCUAACAAGCCUAAGAGGCCUCCCAGUGCCUUCUUCGUUUUCAUGGAGGAGUUUAGGAAGCAGUUCAACAAAGAACAUCCUGACAACAAAGCAGUCUCUGCUGUUGGCAAAGCUGCUGGAGCGAAAUGGAAGACUAUGUCUGAUGCUGAUAAAGCACCUUAUGCGGCAAAGUCGGAGAAACGAAAGGCAGAGUAUGAGAAGAAUAUGAAAGCCUAUAACAACAAACAAGCUGAAGGUCCUGCUGCGGAUGAAGAAGAAUCCGAGAAAUCAAUGUCAGAGGUGGAUGAAGGAGAUGAUGAUGGGAGUGACGAGGAGGAGGAUGAUGACUGAGAAUAGCAUUUAUUUAGGAUUUUCUGAUGAUGAUUCGAUCAUGAUAAACAUAUAUUCCUGCUCCCUCAGUAAAUUUCUUUUGCCUUCCUAAAGUGAAAGGAGCACACCUUUAUUUGUACUUUUAACUUCAAGUGUUUAGCUAAGGGGCAUUGAUCUCUUGUAGAGCUUUUAGUUGAUUUAGUUUAUAUCAAUGAAUUCUGGUUA